AGCGCGGGGCGCGGCGCGGCGCCCGGACCGCGGACCCUGCUCCGGGGCAUUUCCCCGCCGAGCCUGCUUCAAAACAUGUCAACAAGGUGUGGUGCGUUCGCGGCGGCGGCCUGCAGCCUCCCCGCGACACCGCCGAGCCUGUCGCCCGGCUUUGUUAACCCUCGGCGGGGGCUGGUGACCGACACCGUUGAGCUUGCGCUCUGCCGGGCUCCUCCCGGUGUCGGCUACGGCCGUGCUUGCAGCUUGAGAAAUGAGAGGCAUUAAGAUGUCAAAACAGACUGCCCGGGGUAGGGCGCAGCAGAAAUGUCAGGGAAAGCCAAUCCGUGGAAGUGGCGCGGGAGGAGAGGACGCCCGGGCCGCGCGUAGCCACGUGGAAAAGUUGGUCAACUUGUGAUGAGCAGCUUCGCGCCUGCUUUGAGCAAGAGCACCCCUUUCAGGGGGGGUUGCGGACAGGGAUCAGGAAAACAGCCUGUUAGGUGAUUGUCCUGUAUCCCCAAGCUAAGAGGUGAACUAUUUUGUUGCUGAUCAUGUCCAAGCGAACGGCCCAGGUCUUUUAAUUAGAGUCGUCUUCCUCUACUCCUGAGAUAUUUAUAAAAACGCCAUCAACUUGUAGUAUCUACAGAUGAUCGCUGAGCAGAUUCUCUCCACCACACUCUCUGAUACCAUCUGGUCCUGAGUUAAGCUCUUUGCGCUGUUUUAGUCUUGUGUUCCAGCCAAAGAAUGCAUAUUAAUUGUGAUAUUAGUCAAAGAAGAACAUAAGUGGAAAGGAUAUGUGUUGCCCCAAACAGGCUUUUUAGAGCCAACUACAAAUGGGCUUUUAAAAUUACUACCAGCGCAAUGUACUAAAAAUAAUACAGCGAGGGGCACACGGCUAAGUGUUUUCUUCUGCUACUCUUCAUCUGAUGGGCAAGUGGACUGGUCCUUUCAGAGUGUAUGGAAAUGUGAAGAGUAAAUUGCACAACUCCCUGUGCUGCUCAACGAGGCUGGAGUCUUUCCUCAUUAGUUUGCUUUUUGAUGCUUCGUAGCAGUAUAAGUCCCUCACCAGAUGCUUUUAGUGGCCUAAGUUGCAUUGAUUAUUUGGGGCCUUGGAAGGUUACAGUUUGAACUGAACUGCCCGAGUCAUGAAGAGGCCUAGUUCGGGUGCCCUGCAAAAUCUAAGAUGUUGAUCAUCCAGUUUCUCCUCUGCACUCCCGUUCAAGUGUGAGAGGAUGAAACGAGGAGGAGGAAGAGAUAGUGACCAUAAUUCAUCGGAAGAAGGUACUGCAGAGAAAUCCAAGAAACUGAGGACUACAAAUGAGCAUUCUCAGACUUGUGAUUGGGGUAAUCUCCUUCAGGACAUUAUUCUCCAAGUGUUUAAGUAUUUGCCUCUUCUUGACCGGGCUCAUGCUUCACAAGUUUGCCGCAACUGGAACCAGGUAUUUCACAUGCCUGACUUGUGGAGAUGUUUUGAAUUUGAACUGAAUCAGCCAGCUACAUCUUAUUUGAAAGCAACACAUCCAGAGCUGAUCAAACAGAUUAUUAAAAGACAUUCAAACCAUCUACAAUAUGUCAGCUUCAAGGUGGACAGCAGCAAAGAAUCAGCUGAAGCAGCUUGUGAUAUAUUAUCACAACUUGUGAAUUGCUCUUUAAAAACACUUGGACUUAUUUCAACUGCUCGGCCAAGCUUUAUGGAUUUACCAAAGUCUCACUUUAUCUCUGCACUGACGGUUGUGUUUGUAAACUCCAAAUCCUUGUCCUCCCUUAAGAUAGAUGACACCCCAGUAGAUGAUCCAUCCCUCAAAGUACUAGUGGCCAACAACAGUGAUACACUCAAGUUGCUAAAAAUGAGCAGCUGUCCUCACGUCUCUCCAGCAGGUGUCCUUUGUGUGGCGGAUCGGUGUCAUGGCUUACGUGAACUGGCCCUGAAUUACCACUUGCUAAGCGAUGAGUUGCUGCUUGCUCUAUCUUCUGAAAAACACGUUCGAUUAGAACAUUUGCGCAUUGACGUGGUCAGUGAGAAUCCUGGACAGACACACUUCCAUGCUAUUCAGAAGAGCAGCUGGGAUGCUUUCAUCAGACAUUCACCCAAAGUGAACUUAGUUAUGUAUUUUUUUUUAUAUGAAGAGGAAUUUGAUCCGUUCUUUCGGUAUGAAAUACCUGCCACCCAUCUUUACUUUGGGAGAUCAGUAAGCAAAGAUGUGCUUGGCCGUGUGGGAAUGACAUGCCCUAGACUAGUUGAGCUAGUAGUGUGUGCUAAUGGAUUACGGCCACUUGAUGAAGAGUUAAUUCGCAUUGCAGAACGUUGCAAAAAUCUGUCGGCUAUUGGACUAGGGGAAUGUGAAGUCUCAUGCAGUGCCUUUGUUGAGUUUGUGAAGAUGUGUGGUGGCCGCCUGUCUCAGUUAUCCAUUAUGGAAGAAGUAUUAAUUCCUGACCAAAAGUAUAGUUUGGAGCAGAUUCACUGGGAAGUGUCUAAGCAUCUUGGUAGAGUGUGGUUUCCAGACAUGAUGCCCACUUGGUAAAGACAAGAUGACAUAGGGCAUGAUGAAUAAUAGCACCUUAAUUUUAAGCAUAUUGUAUUAUAAUAAAAGUUCAUUUCCCAUAGGUCUGAUAUAAUUCUACUAUUUUGUGGCGCAGAAAUUUGAUACCUUCAUUGAGUAUAUAAGGAUUGUUUUUUGGAAGACUCAUGGACCAGUUUUGGUCAGAAAACUUCAUCUAUUUCUUUAGCCUAAUAGCAGUUAAAUCUCAGAAAAUUAAAAAAGUGAUUCAGAUCUGAAAGUAAUAACCAGUAAUAAAGAUUAAACAUUUUACAGUCUGAAGGAAACAAAACAUAUAUAUUGUAAUAUCUAAGAAGUGAGUACUAAUAGGUUUUCCAAAAUGUUAUGUUCUCUAUGCAUUUUUUAAAAAUGUAAACUUGACAUUUUAGGGUCUUCAGUUACACAUACACCUGUUAUAAGGUGUUUAAUAUAGCUCAGGAAAGUGAGCAUUUUGUGAGAAAAAUGUAGGAUAUAUUGUAUCUAAUGAAAAAGUUUGGUUGAAUGUUCUAAAAUGUUACAAAGCUGUUUAAAGAAGUAUAUACAAUUAAUUGGAACACUUAAAAAAACUGAUAAAUGUCACACAGUGGUUAUUAUAGAAAGAUAAUAAAUAGAGCCAAGAUCAAAUUAAAAGAAAAUGAGUGGAAUAGAAGGGAGGCAGUUUUAGCUUUGUAUAAACUUUUAGGAUUGCUCUAUAAUCUGCUAAACUAUAUAUAUUCUUUUCUGUGGUACAUUACUAUGUAUGUGGCACUUGGGGCAUCAUAUGUAAAGUAAGGAAUGCUUUUACUAGUUCUUCUUGGGUUUAUCUUUGUUUAAACUAGUUUUGAAGUAUUACACAAUAAUUGAAAUGAGAAGUUUAUCUAUUUUAAAAAGCCCAAUUGAAAUAAUUAAAGGUAGAACUUUAAAAUGUUUAUAAGUUGUUUCCAUGAAAGAAUAUUAGUCUCCAGUGAAUUUUAGUGAUGGUUUAUUUUUACAUUUUGGAAUUAUAUAGUUAUGUAAGUAUAAUUUUCAAAAAUCAUAAAAGCACCAAUGUACAGUUCAGCAUAAACAGUAAAUUUAAAAGAGCAUAUAUUUAAGUUCAUAAUCAUAUUUUUGAGUAAAUAUUGCUCAGUGGACUGGAAAAUUUUAAUAGAAAAAUGUCUGCAGUUUUGUGAUUGUUAAUUUGGUUAAACUGAUAUAUUAUUUAAGUUAGGCAGCAUUUUUAUUACUUUCAUAUGAAUAAAGGUAAUCCAUACGUUGUAGAAACUGUAAAAAUAUUAAGUUUGGGGCUAUAUUUAGUUUUUUUUAGAUAUUAUAUAAACUUGAUUCUGAGCCCUAGUGCUAGUAGAUAUUACCCUCCUAAGGGAAAUUAGAAGUGAUUUACCCCCAGUGGGAUAUAUUAGUGCUUGAAACUUAGAAAGCAUCUUGGUAGAUAUGGAAGCUAACAGUCUUACGGGUCUAAUCUAUUUUUUAAAUAGAUUACCUUCCUAAGAAUCAAGUAAAAAGGUGAUUUUCUGCAUAAUUUAUGCUUUCAAAAGUGAUGGUAUUCUGAGCACAUAAAUGAGAAGAAAAAAGGCUGGUCCAGACAUGGAAAUCAAAAGCAAUUAUUGUAAUAUUCAUCCCUCUUACUAAACAGUGAAAAACUUUGUACAAGAAAUACCUGUGUUAGUGGAUGAAGCUUUUUUCUUUGAACAACUUUGGAAAAUGGAUUUGACAGUAUGUAAUCAGUUCUACUAACCAAAGCUUUAUUUGGAAAUUUACUUUCUGCACAAAUUGAAUUAUAUAAUGCUUGAAAAACUUUAAGUCACUUCUUAAGCAAAAUGCAUAGCACUUAAUUUGUUUAUAAAGUAUAUGUUAAAUGCUUUUAUCAAUUUUAGAAUAAAGAUAGUUACUAAU